CGCUUUCGUCGCACUCGGACCGGGCUUUAUUCCUUUGGUAUUCUUCGGUAUGGUUCAGCCGACUACCCUAAAGAAAAAGCAUUCCCUGGUGGGGAAAAGUUUGCUGCCGCUGUUCGCACGGUUCAAUGGUAGCCCUGAUGAGCCCAGAGAGUUGGCUAGGAUGGACAAGCUCCAAAUAAUUAUCAAUGUUAUUUUUGUAACUCACCAGAUCAUUUUUAUCGUGAUUGCGAUAAAAUGAAAGAGGCAUCGAAGAUGGCAAAAACGAAGUAGGUCCCCUCCCGGAGCAUUCUGCUCUAGUGGAGAUUUACAUCUUCACGUGGGUGGGGGGCCGGGCUUCGCGUCCGUCGGAUUUGUCUGCUGCGACUUUUAAAGCUACUGCUCUCUUUGUUUUAGGGUAUGGACAUUUUGGGUUACGAAAUCCAGGAUUGGGAAUUCCAGAUUCCGUUUGAUCCGCAGAGAGCAGUAGCAUCCAAGCAUCUGUCGCCGCAGUGGACAACUCUGGAUGGGCGUGAACCUCGGCUUUCCACCCACCAAUGCCCGGAUUUUGAAAGCGUUAUAAAUGACGGUAUGGCGAGUCGGCGGCGUCUUUUGUCGGGCAUCGAUUUGCAGGGCAUAAACAAUCGUUUGGAUAUCUUGGAUGAGCGACACUUGAACUCCGAAAUGGUUAAAAGGAAAACGAGUGAGCAGCUUAGUUUGGAGCAUUUUUUCUCAUUGUUGCCUUUUCAUGUCAAUAUUCAGUCUUGUACUCCUCAACAUCUAAGGCGGUAUUUGGUUUGGAGGGAUGUGGAUGGCAAAACAAAAGUUCAUGAUGUAAAGUGUCUGUUUUUGGGAGACAAAUCGUUAUCAACAUGUCUUUGCCCGACAAGAUUAGCCCAUGGUACUCUUAUAACCAUUGUUCAAAGAUUAUCAAAAAUAUUUGAGGAAGAAGGCAGGGGGAAGGAAUGGUGUACGAAAUCGGAAACCGGAAAUCCCGCAAAAUCAAAUGUCAUAAAGCUGUACUUGAAGAAAAUUUCGGAAGAGCAGGCUAAGGCCCAGAUAGUUCCAAAACAGGCCAAGCCGUUAUUUCUCUCUAAAUUGGAGAAAAUCUCUUCUUACAUAGAUAACCAGUUGUCUAGGCCAGAUAUCACUUUGCGUCAGCGUUUCGUUUUGUUUCGAGACCAGGCGUUCUUUAAGUUACAAUUUUUUGCGGGUGACAGGGUUUCCGAUUUAUCGGGCGCUCCUAGUCAAUCGGUUAGAUAUCUUGCUGAUAACACUGGCAUGGCUGUUUCGCACACAUAUACGAAAGUCAUAAGAGGAGAUGGGAGGUGUAACACCUUUGUUAUCAAGAGAUGUGAUAACGCGGCUCUAUGCCCCGUAAGCGCACUGGAGCGCUACUCAGCUUGGGCCAAAAGCGCUGGGGUAGAUCUUUCGCUAGGUUACCUCUUUAGGCUAGUAAGUGACUCGGGUAAGGUAUUAGAUCAAUGUGUCUCAUAUGCAGUGAUGUAUUCCCGCUUGUUGGAGUAUUUGACGACGCUCAAUAUCUACGAGGGGGAGACACCUCAUAGUCUCAGGUCGGGUUGUGCCAUAACGUUGAAGUUGUCCGGGGCGGCUGACUCCAAUUCCCAGACUAUGAGGCAUGUUGGUUGGUUCAAAGAAUCUUCAUGCAGUUAUUACAGUCGUGAGGAUUCUUUGAAAGAGCCGGCGCAGUUGGCUCAGAGGUUAGCUUCGUCACCAGCUUUGUCGGGAAAGAUUGAAUCUGAUUACCAACGCUAUGCAACAUUUAACACUUUGAAUCAUGCAAUCUAGGUGUCGUUUUGUUAAUGUAUUGGUCUUGGUUCUGAUAAUCCAUUUCUGUCGAGUGUGUCCAUAAUUGUAUCACUUUUAAGGUAGCGUUUGUAAUUGAUAAACUCUUGUCAAAUGGGUUGAAGGUUUAUAUUUUCUGUAAUUAAAGCGGAUAUUAUAAAAGUUUCUUCUUCAGUCUAUGUAAGUUGUCGUUCCUGCCAUCCCAUGAUACCAUGAGCUUUGCCUGUGGACAUCCAUUUGCUGUUCAUGGUUUUGGGUGUUGUGGGGUGAUGGGUGAUGGGGUGAUGGGGUAUUGGGGGAAAAAGCUGGAAUGGUGAUAUGGAAUGUUUUCGGGAAUCCAUAUCAGGUUGAUAUUCAGGUUUUCCUCCCAAUACUUUCAGCGAGAUAAUGGAAGACGCUUAGGAUGUGUUCACACCAUAAGCGUCUUCUAUUGUCGAGCGUAGUAUAAAUUGAGCUCCCGGGCCAAGGAGAGACCACUUCGUAUUUCGCUUUCUAGGAUCUCUGGGCAGAAGCUUUUGCCCCGUAUUCUACGGGGAUUGAGCGUAUGGCCGUUGGGUGCCAUGUUGGUCGCCUCGGCCCCAAUUUUAUUAGCUUACGUUGUCUUUUGGAAC